AGUCGGUGGGGUUUUGUUUGUCGCACAGUGCUGACGCACCCUUUCCAGUGACAGCAUCCUUGAAAACAAAACCUGUUUUACCUCUAUGUUUAACAUAAAAUGUGGGCAUUUUGUCACAUCUUUGUCCGCGGCUAGGUGCGCUGCUAACGGCUGGCGGAGGGAAUGAUGGCGUCGGUGCGGUUCAGUUCCUGGGUUCCGCGGAGACUCUUCUGACGGCUGCACCAUGAUACCCGUACCUCUCAUAGUGUGUGUGAUGGCAGGAUGGUGUGCCGUCUACCUGGCCGACACACUCCUCAGGUCAUCCAUCACACACCGGAUCAGUUACGAGUCGUGGCUCGUCAGCCGGGGUCUGAUGUUGUCUCCUUUCCACUUGAGAUGGCAGACCACCAUUUUCAACCGGCUUUUUGCGCACUGUGCUCGCAUCAACCCCCGAGCUCUCUACCUGUGGUUCAAUAGUGGUCUGGUGUUUGGUAUCGCUUCCAUGGUGGGAUCAGUGGUGCUGCUUAUAAAAACACUCCAGCAGACAUAUGCACAGAUGACCACAGACAAUCCUCGGAUCGGAGGUCAGCAGGCCCUGCAGGUGGUGGUCCCAGGUGUCAAUCUGCCCACCAGUCAACUGGCCUACUUCUUCAUCGCUCUGCUCCUCAGUGGAGUCAUACACGAGCUGGGCCACGCUGUGGCAGCGUUGAGGGAACAGGUGAGGGUGAAUGGUUUUGGGAUGUUUGUGUUUGUGGUGUAUCCCGGUGCGUUUGUGGACCUUUUCACGACACACCUGACCCUCAUCUCACCUACUCAGCAGCUCCGUAUCUUCUGUGCAGGUGUAUGGCACAACUUUGUUCUGUGCGUGGUAGCGCUGGUCUUCCUCUUCCUGUUGCCCAUCUUCCUGUUUCCCAUGUAUUCCACUGGAGCCGGGGCGCUGGUUACUGAGGUGGUGCAGGGCUCUGCAGCUGACGGGCCCAGGGGGCUGUCAGUUGGGGAUAUUGUGACGGGGCUGGAGGACUGUCCUGUCAGGGGGGUUGAGGACUGGACCAGCUGCCUGUCUCACCUCUCUCACACACCACAGACAGGAUACUGCGUCCCAGUUGCCAGCCUGCAGCCCAGCUGGGCUCAUGGACGGGCUUUCAAGCGUCUAGAUGGAACAAUGGACUGCUGCAGCAACAACAGCCUGACAGACCUCUGCUUCUCCUACAUAAAACCACAGGGCAAGAAUAGCAGGGAGAGAGAGUACGCCUGUAUGCCGGUCCGCAAGAUGGUGACGGGGACGCGAGUGUGUCGUACCGACGACGACUGUGCCACACACACCCACGCCGCCAGCGUUUGCGUCACUCCUUCCCUGGAGAACCAGACUCGCUUCAUCCGUGUCACACACCCUCCUAGCACACACAUGCUGUUUGUGGGUUAUCCGCCGCACCUGCAGUACGCUGUGAGUUUGACCAACUUUAUCCCCCGCUUUGGUUUCCUUCACCUGGACCUGCCCGUUUUCUUGGAGACCUUUUGCAAAUACGUGGUGUCCCUCUCUGGUGCAUUAGCCGUAGUAAACUCAGUGCCCUGCUUCGCUCUGGACGGUCAGUGGAUGCUGAACGCUCUGCUGGAGGCCACACUGGUUACUGUGGUAACGGACCGCCAGAAACGGGAGCUAAUUGGUUUCUUCCUGUUGCUGGCAGGCAGUGCCCUGCUGGCAGUCAACGUGGCGUUGGGCCUGUGGAUGGUCACAGCACGGUAGCAGAAGUGGUUUGCUGCCCCGACACGACAGAAGUAAAUGAAAAGAACUCUGCAGAAGGUUUGACACCUCAGGAUGUGCUUGAGAUGUUUGGACCAUUUAACUGUGAACAGAAGGGUCAGGUUGCAUCACCCAGCAGCGCUGCUGCUGCCUUCAAACUGUUGAGCAGAAUGUUGCUCUGCCUUUAAGCUGCCACUGGACCCCCACUGAAGAAAAAAACUUUUUCACCUUGUUGCCAUCAUGUAGAAAAAAAAAGCACAUAUGAAAAGUUAAUGAUGCACUAACUGUAACUCACUGUCCCAUGUGGCUGUUUACAAAAAAUCUUAAUAUUUUAAAAUCUGAAGUGUUUGUGCAUAAAGUUUGAGUGAAAAACUUUUUAUGAGUUUGAUCUCAAAAGACCAAGGUGUGCUGUUGAUUGACAGGUUGGUAAAAUGAAUAUUAUGUCCACGUUUGAACAAAGAACUUUUGAAAGCCUUUGUUUUAUCGCUGAAUGCAUGGCAAUGUCGUGACAUUCAACACCUUAUCACUGUUGGAAAAACUGUACUACCUAAUAUUCAUCAUGAUUUAUUUAGUAACGGGAUCUCUUCAUCUCAGCAUGUUUAUAGGUGUAAAAUCUACAGAUUUGAAUCAAAACAAGGGACUUUCUCUUUAGACAUUGCAGACAGAAAUUUUGCUUUUUUUUUCAUUCUCUUGACCUCUCACUGUUUAUAAUCUGGUUGUAAAAGUUGAUUUGUCAUAACUGUGGAAUAAAGGACUGAUUUUUAUUCAAGUA